AAGAAACGGAAUUUGUUAACGGAGGAAACUUCAACCGCUUUCUUCUUCUUCUUCCUCAGAGAAAUCGAGAACUGUUCUCUCUUUUUUCUUUGACGAUUUUUUUCUUUCGAUUUUACUCAAUGGGUACUAGUCGAGAUCUCUACGUCCUCGUCAUCGCUCUAUUCUUCUCGAUUCUCUUCCCUGAGCUUUCCUCGCUGCCGGAUCCGUCGUUUUACGAUUAUCUCCGGGAGAGCGGUCUUCCCGCCGGCAUAGUUCCGAAGGGAGUCACCAACUUCUCGAUCGACAUCAAAACGGGGCGUUUCACAGUCGCUCUCCCGGUUCCCUGCGAUGCCAAAUUCGAAAACCAGUUCCACUUCGACUACAACAUCUCCGGCGUCCUCUCCGAUGGCCGGAUCGGGAAUUUAUCUGGUGUGACGCAGAAGGAGCUGUUCCUGUGGUUUGCUGUCAAGGGAAUUCACGUGGAUCCAGAGAGCUCCGGGUUAAUCCACUUCGAUGUCGGUGUCGCCGAUAAGCAGCUUUCUCUCUCGCUCUUUGAGUCGCCUCGAGAUUGCAGCGCCGCGGAAUCUGACCUCCAUACGGUUGGUCUCUAUACACCCCGUGAUUUAAAGAAGGAAUCUGGAGAUAUCCAAUCGAUCUUUGGACCACCAAGGAAUCGCUGGACAGUAUCAUCGUAGGUUUUCUUGAUUUAGAGGCUUAGAAGGAACUGCAAACACCCCUGAUGAUGUCUCUGGUAUGGUGUGUCUUGUAAAGAGUUUGGCUUGUAGUUUUUUUUUUGUGUUAUACCAUAUCAUAGUAUCAACAGUAUAAGCUUCAGUGACUACAUCAGACAAACUUAGGAGGCAUGAAUACCUUUUGCUUUGUUACAGAUUAGGGGUUAUAAGACAUAUAUAUACAUAUAUGCUUGUGGAUUUUUCAUCAGACAUUGUUGUGUUUUGUUAUCACUCUCUUUUCUUGGAUUUACAUUGUAAAAGAAAAUGGGAGCUGAUCCCGAUGCAUGAAUCGUUUUGUUUCUGGU